AUGGAAAACGAAGCAGAAGAAAAUUUCUCAAAAAUGAUUAAAGCUGUAAAUCCACUUUCUAAUGAUCAAAAGGUAUUUUUGGAUUUGGGACAAGAAGGUAAGGCCAUUCCAAUUGAUGCUACAAACACAGGUAUUUAUGAGUAUAAUAUUACAAAACCAAUUACAAUCACCAAAAGUGGUUCUUAUGUUGAGGAUGACGAUUCAUGUUUAACAACUACUAUAACUACUAACGAACUUUGUGAUUCAAAUAGUGUUCUCUCUGUUGCUGGAGCGAAUAACUCAGAAGAUAUACAAACAGAAGACUCAAAAACAGAUGUUCUGGCAAAUAAAGAUUCUAAAGAAAAACUAGAAGAGCAAUCUGCUUUUGAUAUUCAUCCUAUUAAUAUUGACACAGGAGCUGAGGAAUUGGUACAAUCCGCACAAAGUACCUCUAAAUCAGGUCGUCGUUCAUCAGCAAAUCAUGAAGUUGGUUCAAGGCAACUGAAAUACAAUCAAAUUGGAGUAUAUUGGAAAGAUAAAGAAAGCAGAGUUUAUGCUAGGUUUACAUGGGCCACUAGAAAGUAUUCUAAAAGCUUUUAUGUGGGCCCCAAUAAGCCAUAUGCUACUGUUAGGGAUGCAGAAAAGGCUGCUAUCAGAUUUUUGUUGAUUAAUAGUCCAUUACAUAGAAGAAGCCACUUAAAACAUUUUAGAUUUUCAGAAAGUGAUGAAGAAGGAGAAGAGCCUUAUGUUGGUUCUCAAGCACUUAAGGAGGCAAGAAGGACCAAAGGAAUCAUGUUACAUUUCCCUGCUCCUGAAAGUGAUGAUGAGGUUUGGUCUCAUUAUAACACUUCCAAUAUCAAUCCUGCAACCUUGUAUGGUGAGAUUAUUAAGAAAAUGGAUAAUAGUGAAGGAAAUGCCGCUGGAAUAACUAGCCCAAUUACAUCUGCCAGAGAGUAUGUUACAGCUAAGCAUAAGCAGAAUACCAAUACAAACCAAAAUGAAUCCAAAUUUUCCGCUUCCCUUCCAGUAAAUUCUACAAUUGGAGAAAAUGUCUCUUCUGAUGACUUAUUUUUGGCAUUAAUGGCAAACCAAAUUGAAUCCGAUAGACUAGUAGAGAGGCAGACUACGGGAACAUAUAUGAACCCAUCAGCCAGUUCAACUACUGUUUCCUCUAAGAGAUUUAAACCAAAUUCCAAAACAGAAACUCUUGAUUCUUCUGAAUUAAACUUUUUCCCCACGAAUUCGAAUCAACUUGGAUCGGCAUUUAUGGAUCAAAGCUCUUCAACUACCUCCACUAAUCCUUUUGUUGGUAUGGAUUAUAAUACUUUGGUCGCUUUACAACAUGCUCAAAUGGCAAAUUAUUAUUUGCAACAGCAAGUGGCAUAUGCAGCUGCUGCUAAUCUUGCAAUAUCAUCAAAUACUAGUGGGAACUAUGCUAAUGCUGCAAUACGUACAAACCCAUUCAUAAUUCCACAAUAUUGCUUGGCACCUGUUACUGGAUUAGAAUCCAAUAAAUCUGAAGAAUCAGAAGUUGAUAAACUCCAAGGUGUUACUUUAAAUGUUGGUGGUCUUAAAGGUUCUACUCAGUCUAAUGCUUCUAACUCUGUUAAAAACAUUGCAGAAUCUACACUAGAUCAGUAUGGUGCAAUAAUGCCAGGACAAGAAACAAAGGCAAUGCCUUCUUCGAAUAUUACUAUUUGUGGUACAAACAUUCCAAGUAAUUACCAUACGGAUUAUAUGGCUGUUAUGGCUGCUGCAUAUUCAGGUUGGUAUUCGCCUUAUGGAUACACUAUGCCUUUUAUGGGAUCAUACACCCCAAUGAUGCCUUCGAUUAUUCCGAAUCCAAAUGUAUUGGGAAGUCAAUUUCAUAAUAAUAUAAGUCUAUCUACAAAUACAACUAAUGCAGGUCAGGUUCAAUCAAGCAGUGUUAAUAAUGCUGUUCGAUUGCAAAAACAGGUAAAUAAUAAUGUUAAUUCCAUUGAAUCUCUGGUGAACACUCGGGUAGAAAAGGAAUUACAAUCACAAGGUACUUCAGAACAGGAAAAUAAACAAGUACCCUAA